CGUUUUACAAUUUGUUACAACUGAGCGAGGCGAGACGAGAGCUUGGAGCUCGGAGCUGCUGCUUUUUGUUACGGAGGCAGCGGCAUCGACAUCGGCAUUGGCGUCUGGGUUUUCGGCCCAACUCAACCUGGCUGCGGCGCAUGCGUGGAUGAUUAGUGAAGUGCGAGACAUCGCGGCAAUCGGACGUUGCAGACGCGUAGAAGAUCGAGAUUAAAUCCCAGAUACAGAGAACGGUACAUAAUGUCGCAGGGCCUUCGUGUUUUAUUUUUUGUGUGUGUCGCGGUGCUCCUAAACGCGGUCGCCUCCUUCGCAUGGAAGCCAAUCGCGGGGGGCUCGCCCAUCGGAAGCACCGCCGCCUACAGCCUCAAGCAAUCGCAUCCCGGCUCGGCGAGCAGCAGCCACGAGAUGUCCACCAGCUUCUCCCAGUUCGCUUCUGGCAGCGAAAAGGAAACAGCCGAGGAUGAGCUGGGGCUCCUGGGCAGGGCGGAUCCCUCCCAGCAUCCCAUCAGCUUUGCUGAUCAUGUGGAGGAUCAGUACGAGUCGUACAGCAUCGAGGAUGAGGCGGCGGCGGCGGCGCCCAAGGAGCCGCUGACCUUCGCGCGGACUCCGCUGUACGGAUCGGAUCGGUGCAGCGUGAAGAAGUUUGCCUUUAACCAGGACGGCGAGGUGGAGUACGGCAAUCCGAUGCCGGAGCUGGAUCAGUUCACGCUCUGCUUCUGGAUGCGGUUCACCAACCACAGCGGCGAUCACGUCCUCCUGACCUAUGAGGCGGGAAAGGAACCACGCGAGGUGCAAAUCUGGGUCGCAAAUGCGCAGAAUUCCAGUUUCCUUUCGAUGGCCAUAAAAGGUCAGCAAAUGUACAGAUUGAACUACCCGCUGAAAAUGCGCCAGUGGCAUCACAUGUGCAGCUCGUGGAAUGGCAAGACGGGCGAGUGGCAGGCCUGGCUGAAGGCAGAACGCAUUGGGCGUGGCUUCCACAACUCGUUGGUGGGUCAUAAAAUCCCAGCGAACGGCAAGUUGCGCUCCGGCGGCUCUUCGGUGACCGGCGAGGUGAGCCACGGCCUGCACUUCGAGAUGACCCUUGUCCAGGUCUACCGGGUGGCGCUCAGUGCGGGGAAGGCGCACCGCGACCACAAGCACCACCAUGUCCACCACUUUGACCACGAGGGCCUGGAGGUGUCCAGCACCACGCGUGCCCCGCCCUCGAUCAAUCGACCCCAGCCCAUGCACACGCUACUGGCCAGCGGACAGAUCCCUACGCGGGUGCGCAUCAACCUGGCCAACCCGCCGCCACCGCCGCCGGCCAAUGGAGCUGCCGCUCCAGCUGCUCCGGCAGCUGCCGCCGAUCCUGCCCAGCAGGCCAUCACCAUCAAUACGAACUUCGUCAACGGACAGAUCAACGCCGGCUCCCGGCUGGUGGCCCAGCAGCUCCUGGGACUCUCGCCGCCGCCGAGCGGUGGUCAACGCUUCCAGAUGCUGAGCAACUCGGCCAACGUGCAGUUCAUCGACGAGACCGAGACCCACAUCCAGUUCAAGCGGGAAGCCGCCGCCUCCUCGAAGAAGCUGCAGAAGCGCGGCCUGGUGCUCCUCGACGAUGGAUCCGUGGUGGACGACGGAUCGGGAACGGACAGCGAGGACGCCAGCCUGAUUUACAAUGGCCUCGCCGACUUCGGGGGCCAGCAGUUCAAGCAGGACCUGACGCUCAAGAUGAGCCUGGAGGAGGAGAUCAGCACGCACGACCGGGAGCCCGCCGAGGAGGAGGUCAAGGCGGUGAUGGCCAUCUGCAGCAGCUGCCACACGGAGCCCUUCCAGGGGGCCAUUGUGUUUGCGUGGAAGGAUGUGCGCGAGCACAUGAACAACGCCCUCAAGGGACUCAGUGUGGGCCAGUGCGGCAACUUCUAGUUGAGAUCCAAGGACCCCAGCUUGAGCUUCCUCUAUCCAUUCCCCAUCUAUCCUAUCCAUCUUUGUUUUUUUUUUGUUUCUUCUAUAUACAUACGACUAAGUAUUCGAUUGGAGUGGGCAUCUUCUGACCAAGUCCACAUGUCCAUGUGGGAGUCAACGCUUUACAGUUACAAUCCUUGACUCGCUCAUGGACACCCAUCCCCAUCCC